AUCUACCAUUCUCUUUGUGUGUUUCUUGUCCUCAUCCAAAGGAGUCAUUUGUUUCUGCAUUUGUUGAUCAAGUGCCCUAAUCUGGCUGAUCUUUGAAUACGUUUAAUACCCACAAGACAGUAAUUGCCCCACCUUGGAGCAUUUCAUCGUUCGAAAAGUUGUUGUAACUCCAAUUUGAUUCUCUCCCCGCAACGUUUCCUGUUGCUUUUCAGAAACAUAAUCGCAAUCGAAAAACAAAAUGUCUCCCUCUGCCGUUCAACAGCCCGAGAGCAUAACGGAGCUCAACUCGGCCGCCGUGGCUCAGAAUAUUGCUCAAACUGCCCCUUCGAUUGCGCCGGCUUCAGCUACACCUGCGUCCACUCUCCCUGAACUCGAUGCCUCCCAAUUGCGCAAGAACCUUUCCGCUGCGCCCCGCGCCGUGCCUGACCGCAACUCCCCCGAAGUGUGGUCCAUGUCGACAUGCACCGACCAUAUGGUGACUGUGCGCUGGACCGCGGAUAAUGGAUGGGAGGCUCCGGAGCUUAAGCCGUAUGGCCCACUGUCUUUGAUGCCCACUGCAUCUUGCCUGCACUAUGCAACCGAAUGCUUCGAGGGCAUGAAGGUCUACCGUGGCUAUGAUGGCAAACUCCGCCUCUUCCGGCCAGACAAGAAUUGUGAGCGGAUGGUGCUGAGUUCGGCACGGAUCGCCUUGCCUGCCUUUGAUCCGCGUGAGCUGCAAAAGUUGGUCGAGGCUCUCGUUGAACAGGACGGCUCCAAGUGGCUGCCCGUGUCCCAACCGGGCCAGUUUCUGUACAUUCGACCUACCAUGAUUGCGAAUGCCCCUGCCCUGGGUGUGCAACGGCCUCGCGAGGCCCUUCUCUAUGUCAUCCUUUGCCUGUUCCCCAGCUUCGAUGAGCCCACUGGUACGCAGGCCCCUGUGCCUGGUCAGACUCUGAAGAAGCCUGGCUUGAAGUUGCUGGCUAGCCAGGACGACAUGGUGAGAGCAUGGCCAGGCGGAUUUGGUUUCGCCAAGGUCGGCGCCAACUACGGACCUUCGUUGAUUGCUCAGAACGAGGCCAAGCAGCGAGGCUACGACCAGAUCCUCUGGCUCUUCGGAUCCAAUGCGGAGGUGACCGAGGCUGGCGCGAGCAACUUUUUUGUCGUCUGGCGCACCCGCGAUGGCGCGCUUCAACUCGUGACCGCGCCUCUGCAGGACAAGAUCAUCCUCGACGGUGUGACGAGACGUAGCGUGUUGCAGCUUGCCCGCGAGCGUCUGACCAAGACCUGGGAAGGCGACGGCAUUAAGAUUGAAGGCCUGGAAAUUGUUGAGCGCAAGUUCACCAUGAGCGAAGUUGAUGAGGCUAUCGCCGAAGGUAGAUUGGUCGAAGCGUUUGCCGCUGGUACUGCUUUCUUCAUCGCCCCUGUCUCUGAGAUCCAUUUCCGCGGAAAGGACCUUGAUAUCCCUCUGGCGGCUGGCACCACCGGUCAUUAUGCUGCUCUGCUCAAGAACUGGCUUAGGAACAUCAUGUACGGCAAGGAGCGUCAUGAAUGGGGCGUUGUAGUUGAGGAGACUGCUUGAUCACUGUGCAUGUCUGCUGGGAGCAAAUCUCGGACCUUGAAGAGCACAUUCUCGAAGCCUUGCAAGAUCAUCCACGAUCUCUGCAUCCUUCACACAACCAUCUUUUUCGAAUUAGCUGCAUAUCCAUGGCGUCUGGGAGUUUGAAAAGGCUAGCUCAUGGAAUUUCAGUCAUAGAUAUGGAGAAUCAUAUAGACAGGUUUUGGAUGAUAGUUUUGUAAAGUCUUCUAACAGAAAUAAUGUUGAAUUAAUACUUGCCAUGCUAUUU